AUGUCUAAAGAAAUGCAAGAGCUGCAGAAGGAAUGGCACUCCAUUAUGCAGUCCAUCCACAGCAACUCAAAUGUUGUUGCAUUUAUGAAUUCUCGUCUUGGACAAUAUUUAGAUGACCAUCCUUUUGUUGCCUUGUCACUCCUGGUGUUUAUUGCAGUGUCUGCUAUUCCUGUUGCAUUUUUCCUGAUUUUUGUUGUUAUAACAGCCAUAAUGGCCUGUAUUGGUGUGAUAGUCGUGGAAGGUGUUGUAAUCGCCAUAGGUGGCAUGUCGCUCCUUUGUGUGCUGUGUGGCCUGGGUGCACUUUCAGUGGGAGUUUCUGGAGUACUGAGUAUUUGUUAUGUUGUUCUUUCAACUCUGAUGAACUACUGGUAUGCUUCAAGGAGUCAGAUAAGGAAGGAAGAAGUUAAUGGAAGUUUGCCGCAGAAUAGUCCUCCUGUCUUGAAUCUUUCUGCCAGUAAUGGAAAGAAUGAGUGA